AUGAAACGCUCUCAUCCACCGUCACCACAAUCGGACCCAAAGAAGUCCCAAAACUCUUCUGCAACUUCACAAGAGAAAAACCUAGAGAUACCAUCGAGACGUGAUAAUGAAGAAAAUACCCAACCCGGAUCAGUUAUUUCUUAUAAUGAUCCUCAAGAGCACAAUUUGCAAAUGCUAAUGCAACAAAACGAGCCCCGUGGAUUAUCUAUUACUCCAAGAGAGUCUGAACCGAGCAGUUCGCAGAUCGUAAUGCGACAAAACGAGCCACGUGGAUCAUCUUUUACUGAGAAUGAGCCUCAGCUUGACAAUUCACCAAUGGUAACAGAGCAAGACCGACAAGCGUCGCCUGGAUACGCCUAUGAGCCAUCGGGCGUGAACAGACGAUCUCUUCCAGUCCAACUACAGCUACUCAGUGGCCAAACAUAUAAAGUCCGUGGCUUGUUCGGCGAAGGAACCUUCUGUACAGUAUAUCGUGUGAGAGACAAGAAUGGUCUCCAUCUUGCAGCGAAAGUUCUCAAGUUGCGUAACAAUGCCUAUCCAGUGGAGUGUGAGCUGAAUGCUUUCCAAAAAAUCUCCACCCACCCACAUGACAACUUAUUGUCGCUUCAUUACCUUGGAAUUCUGGCAAGCCCACCAGCUCUACACAAAUCGGAAGUUCUGAUUACACCUGCCUGCGGACCUUCCAUUGAGCACAUUUUAUCAGAAGCAAGUCGCGAAUACACACAUAUGACUGAGCCUCGUUUUGAUAUGAGUAAUAUCAAAAUUAUUGGAAGACAGAUUGGAUUGGCGAUGCGCCACUUGGAGCACCUUCAAAUAUUUCAUUUAGAUUUGAAGACAGCAAAUAUUGUCUUCACGAGCGAUGUAACAUACGCUGUCGAACAAAAUCCUAUCCAUCCAGUCAUCACAAUGAGUUAUAUUCACGUGAAAGUUAUUGAUUAUGGCAAUUCUCUGAAUCACACGUAUCCUGGCUUCGAACAGCCAUUCGCCAUUGUUCAAUCGCUACACGUUCGUGCGCCAGAGAUCAUAAUGGGCAUUAGGCACAGCGCGAAAUCGGACGUCUGGUCAAUGGCCUGCAUCAUGACUGAAAUGUACACAGGAAAGGAUUUGUUCACAUGGAUCCAGGGUCUUGACGCGCAACAGCUACAGCAGCUACAUUUUGUAAAGUUAGUUUCAUUUAUCGAUGACACCAUCCCACAAGAAAUGAUUGAUGAAUCCCAGAGAGGAAGACGCUCCUCCGUCAAUCUUGAUUUCAUAAACCGUGAACCAGACGGAACGAAUAUUCCUUGA